AUGAAAGAUAAGAUCGCUGAACAUGAUUUAGAUUCCAUUACAGCUGUUCCACGAAUCCUUAAUGACGAAAAAUUGAUUCUAGAGUGGCUACAGAAUGAAGGCUCUGACUCCAGGCUCAAGGAUACUGUAGCACGCACCACCAGCUUCCUUCAAUAUUUCGCUGACACAGAGAGGUACAUACAUGAAAAGCCUUAUGCCUCUAAAAUACCCCCACUGGUGCCAAAUCAAGCUCAGUUGAAUUUCGGGGGGCAAUAUCAUCAAGUUGUCAUAACAGAUAUUGCUGGGCACGAAACGCUUUUCAGCCUGGACAAGGACGGGUUUCAAUUCGUACCGGACGUCUACCAUGGGCCCAUGUUUAUAGAAGACUUGCAGACUUACAUCAAUACCAUGUCUAACUGGCUGACAACCCAUCUUGAUUGUUCGGAAGUCUUCGUCUUUGACUUUGCUCUGAGGCAUGAGCACAGUCGAGCUCUAGGCAUCAAAGGGUUUGUGGACGUAGCACGGCGAGUUCACUGCGAUCAGACACCAAGGUCCGCGAUCGGCAGGAUUAAGCUACACAUGGGCAUGCGGGCAGAUGAGCUCCUCAGAGGAAGAUGCCGCCUAAUCAAUAUCUGGCGCCCGCUCGUCCCGGUUGUGGAGAGUUAUCCACUAGCUGCCUGCUCCUUCACUUCAGUCACUGCCCAAGAUUUUGUGCCAGUUGACGUCAUCUUUCCCCAUUAUGCCGAAGAAGCGUUCGAAAUUAUAGCAUCCAAGCGACACAGGUGGUACUACCGUUCGAAGAUGACUUGGAAGGAUGUCGCUCUCCUCAAGAUUUACGAUAAUAACCAAGAGGACCGUGUCGCAUAUUGCGCGCCGCACACAGGGUUUCGCGAUCCACGGUCAGGAUCUCAGAUUCCAAGAAGCAGUAUUGAGCUUAGGUGUCUUGUGUUUGGAGAUAAUAAGCAAAGGAAAUGA